GUCGCGACGUAGCGCUCAAAGCGCCUGCGCAGACCCUGAAAAUCGGCUGGGGUGGCCCAGAACUUCCCUUUUCCGGUUGCGGCGCGGCGCGGUGUGGAGCUCAAGUUUUCGUUCGCCGCCAUGCCGUCCAAGGGUCCGCUGCAGUCUGUGCAGGUCUUCGGACGCAAGAAGACCGCCACGGCCGUGGCGCACUGCAAACGUGGGAAUGGCCUCAUCAAGGUGAACGGACGUCCCCUGGAGAUGAUCGAGCCGCGCACGCUGCAAUACAAGUUACUGGAGCCUGUCCUGCUUCUGGGCAAGGAGCGGUUUGCUGGUGUGGACAUCCGGGUGCGUGUGAAGGGUGGUGGUCAUGUCGCCCAGAUAUACGCUAUCCGUCAGUCGAUCUCCAAAGCCCUGGUGGCCUAUUACCAGAAGUAUGUGGAUGAGGCUUCUAAAAAGGAGAUCAAAGAUAUCCUGAUCCAGUACGACCGGACACUGCUGGUAGCUGACCCCCGUCGCUGUGAAUCCAAGAAAUUUGGAGGACCUGGUGCCCGUGCCCGCUACCAGAAAUCUUACCGAUAAGCCCUUCACAAAGAUCAGAGGUCACAUUUGUAAUAAACAUCAUGGGAUUUUAAGGUUCCAA